GGCGUUGGUAACAUCAAUUUCUUGAGACCAGGUGAAGAAAUGUCAACAACAGUUUGUUCCAAUUCGCAGAUAUAUUUAACAAACAUCUUCAUGGUUUUACAUUUUCUGUUUAUUCAUUUGUCUAGGAGUAGUGUUUUCGUUUUAUUUACUCAUUAUUUCCAUUAGAUUUACCAUUUGUUCGUGUCAUUUAGUUGUAUUGAGAUGCUUUACCUGUGAAAACAAUGAAAACCAAUGAAGUUCCAGUGAUACGCGUAAAAGAAUUUGCAAAAGUCGAAUUUCUUCCCUCCGAGCAAAAUGGAAACAAAGGCAUCGAAGAAAAUGGAACUGAAAAUUCGAUAUUGCCGAUAAAUAUUGAGACCAUUUCGUUAUCUUCGGAAGACGAAAUCCGAACUGUUCCAAACAAACCAACAAAAUCCAUUGCACAAACACCAAAACCCAGAGAAAAAAGACUGCCCCGUGUAUCAUCCGCCAUCAGUAAGAAUCGAACACCGAGAUUACCAUCAAAAUACAAAUAUCACAAAAUUGAUGAAUACUUUUCCGCAACGAAAAAAGAUUCUAAAAUUGGAUGUGCUACACCGAUAUCGAAACAAUCAACUUCAGCCUUCUCACCGGAAAGUACCAAAGUUAAUGUUGAAAAGAAACAAGAGGUAACCGAUGCUAAACGUUAUGCAUCCAGCUUGAAACAAGUCAAGAUUGUGUUGAGACGUUUAUCCAUCGACCAACAAGUCGAAACAAGUCGCAAACGCAAAGCGAACGAUGGCCAAUCCAAGUUGCCUGAUUUCAUUGAAUAUGAACCGACUGGAGACACGUAUUUCACAGUCCAUGAACACUCAACCUUGCCAAAACAGCCACUAACCGAAUUGAAAGCGGUAGAAUGCAAAGUUGAAGAAAAUAAUGUAAAUUCAUAUGAUGAAAUGGAUAAUACAACCUCAAACUAUCUGGACUAUCGUCCGGAUUAUGUCUACACUGACACAUCGAGCAUAAUCAAGGAAAAUGAACAGAAUUUCAAACCUCAAGAAAAUGCAGUAAAUUAUAAUUUACGCAAAAAAAUGCAAAAAACCAAUAAGCCAACGUCUGUUAAGGCAACCAGCAAAGUGAAGAAGGAAAAGAAGGAAAAGAAGGAACAGACGAAAAUAAUCAAAAAAUCAGUACCAAGAAAAUCGAGAAAAGUCGAGUGUCCCCACUACAAAAUUGUUGAAGAGACUACAUUUGCCGUGGAUGCAUUUCGAUAUGGUGAUAUUGAAGGUGUUGAGCACUAUUUUCUCACUCAUUUCCAUGCAGAUCACUACAUUGGCUUAAAGAAAAGUUUCAAUCACACACUUUACGUUUCAAACAUAACGGGUCGCUUAGUAGUGGAGUUCAUCAAAGUUGAAGAGCAAUAUAUUCGAUAUCUGGACAUCAAUACACCAAUAUUGGUGGAAGAUGUUGAGGUAACUGCCCUGGAUGCGAAUCAUUGUCCAGGGGCGGUUUUGUACCUUUUCAAAUUGAAAACUGGUAAAUGCAUUUUGCACACUGGAGAUUUUCGUGCAUCUCCUGAUAUGGAAGAGUAUCCCGAAUUUUGGAACAACCAAAUUGACACAAUUUAUUUGGAUACAACGUAUUUGUCGUCGAAAUAUGAGUUUGACACACAAUCGGAUAGCAUAAACACUAUAGUUAAAUACUGUCAAGAGUUCAUUAAAAGCAGCACAAGUAGUUCUGGAAAGCAUUUAAUAAUCUGUGGAUCAUACAAAGUUGGUAAAGAAAAGGUUUGGCUUCGAAUCGCACAGGAGUUCAACUAUAAAGUGUGGAUUGAUAACGAACGUCACAAAGCAAUGCAGUGCCUUCAAAAUGAUGAAAUUUCCGAUGUACUGACUAGAUAUGCAAAAGAUGCGUCUGUUCAUGUUCUACCACUAGGGAAUAUAUCUUACCAGUUCAUCGUUGAAUAUAUGCGUCAGUUUGGGGAAGCAUUCUGUAAAGUACUCGCCAUACGUCCCAGCGGAUGGGAGAAAGGGAAAUCAAAGCCGAACUUUGCGAAUAAAAUAUCAAUUCUUGGCGUUCAAUACUCAGAACAUUCCAAUUACAGCGAACUUGAACGAUUUGUUCGAUUCCUUCAGCCAAAAAAAGUGAUUUCAACAGUGCCCUAUGGAGGGAAAGAUUUGAAUAAAACACCACAAAUACCGCAAGCAUGGCUCAAUCAAAAAGUGGAACCAAAGUCAAAAAGUUAUCAGCGAAAUAUUAUGGACUUCAUGGUGAAAGAGCCAACCGUCAAAUAUCCCACGAUCAAUCAAUUGAAAGUACCGCAAAAAUUGGAACAAUUGACUGCAGAAGAAGCUCAUCAAGUGAUUGAUUCAAUCUCCGAUGACUACUUACCAUAAAUGAAAUGUUAAACAGCGAAAAGAAACCAAUAAAAUCUUUCUAUUUUUGUCA